UGCACGAAAUUUCGACAUGGCCAUUUUGUUGGCUUGAUUAAGGCUUUUAGGGCACUCGUUUACGCGUCAGCCUGUUCUUGUGUUUUAUUGUUGCCAUUUUUAUAGAGUUCUCACUAAGCCUUAUCACACUGCGACGACGCGAAGGUUUGCAUUUUAAAACAUAAAUACAUACAUAUGCGUAUAUAUUUUCCAACUUUUAGAACACAAUUUUCUUAUUCAAAAUUCACUUUUGAAAAUCCACUACUUCAACACCCACUAACACGUCAACCAUAGAACUGUGCGCACAACUGCAGCAACUUUAUUGUAAUAGAAGUCUUCAGAACUGCAACAAUUACUCACAUUUACGAAAAUAAACAAUAAUAGAUACUCAAGUGUGUCUAAUUCAUCUCGAUUUGUUUAUGUCUGGCACAGCUGAUGCUGCGGUUUGGCAUUCCAUAUCGCUCAAGUUCAAACAAUUACCUUAUUUGCGGUUUACUAACGAUUUUUGAGGCGCGCUUUACGCAUAGCUGUAGAAACAUAACGUUACUUGUAAUUCAUAAAUUCUUACUGCUGGCAGUUGCAUUUGUGCAUUAAAUUCAUUAAAAUGACACAAACGCAUUUCGUAUUGCCGCUUUUGAUGCCCGAAAGGCAGUUGGUGCGCACCUUUCCAGCGCCCUACAACGAGGCUGUUUCGCCCUUUGCCGAGGUGAAGGAUUUUUCCAAAGCCGUGCGCUUCGAGUCGCAAUGGCAGCCGAAAUUGAAGUUGCGACCACGCAAAGUCAUACUCAUCGGCGAUGUGGCAGUGGGCAAGACGACAUUGGUGAACAGAUUUUGCUUCGAUAAAUUUGCGGAGAAAUACAAGGCGACUAUUGGCGUGGAUUUCGAAAUUGAAAAUUUCAAUAUUUUGGGACAGGGUCUUACGCUCGAAAUGUGGGACACUGCCGGCCAAGAGCGCUUUAAAUGCAUAGCACAAGCUUAUUAUCGAAAUGCGAAUGUUAUUAUUGUCGUUUUUGAUAUGUCCAAACCGGAAACGCUGAAUUCAGCAACCAAAUGGCUCAAAAGCGCUCUAGCAGUUAAUACAAUACAAAUGCCGCUGACAUUUUUGGUUGGCACCAAGUCGGAUAAGUUGAACAGAGAAGAAUUCGUGCGCGUGGAGCGUUUGGCAGCAGAAAUCGCUGACGGCAUCAAGGCGGAAUAUUGGUCAGUUUCUGCGCGAACCGGCUAUAAAGUAGUCGACUUCUUUCAACGUGUAGCAGCGCUAUCCUAUGAGACCGCAUGCAAAGAAGCGAUAAUUGAGCGUCAUUUUAUGGAAAAAUCCGUUGCGGUGCGAUUACAGCGGAAGUCAAAACCAUGCGAUUUUCGUAACAAUCAAGCAGGCAGCAGAGGAACAAAGGCUAAGGAAAGGAGUUUAUGCUUUUGUUCAUAAUUUCUACGUAUUUUCAGUUAAAAAUUUAUGAUAAAAUCUGCAAAUAUUAAACGAUAUAAAUAAUUUAUGCUUA